GUCAAGAAAUGGUAUCACAUUUGAUGAACUGAUUGACCUUCUAUCUUUGGACCAGAUGGUCAUGCAGGAGAUCCAGCAGUUCCAAAGUGUUUCUGUUUCCAAGUUCCCUCUGGUGCUUUGGAUUAAACUUCAGAGAGACUUGAAAAUUCACAUAGUAGAGUGCAGGACGGACAACACUUAUACAUUUAACUGGGCUCAUUCGACACUGAAACUUAACUGUUUGAAGAGGUACUUCUUAUCCAACGAUGCCCAACUAUCUUUGCACAUGACUAUCGCAAGCUAUUUUUUUGGGACACCAACUGUUUGCUCAGGAGACUCAAGCAACUGUAACCAAGAGGAACUGAACAGUCAACCUCUGGCCUGGGUGCUCAAAAAGGAUUCUGAAGUGAACCGUGUAUUCAAUCUACGGAAACUGAAUGGAAUUCCUUACCACCUGCUGAAGUCGAAUCAAGUAUCAACUAUGAUAACUGACUGUCUUUUUAAUUUUGAGUUUUUGUUACACAAAGCAUGGGGUUUGUCUAUUGUCAGUGUGGAAGAAGAUCUGAAAGCAACAAUGAUGCUAGAAAGGAAGGUUGAUGACUUGAACAUACUGAAUGAAGCUAUACACUUGUCCAAAAGAGUCUUGCUUCAGGAUCCUUGUCAGUUGGCUUCACAGCUUCUCGGCCGUUUACAGCAGAUUAUUGCAGAGGAUAAACCAGUGGCUCCAGAUGACCCGAAAAAAUACCCACAUCUCCUGCGCUUGCUCAAUCAGUGUCAAAGAUCUUCAGUCCCUUUCCUCGUACCUUCAUUCACCUGCCUUUUGCCCCCAGGUGGCUUGCUGUACGAUACCUUGACAGGUCACACUGACAAGAUUACAGCUGUAACAGGUAUCCAGAAAGGUCUUCAAGCAAUCACUGCAGCCAGGGAUAGGACUCUGAAAAUUUGGGACCUCGAAAGUGGCAAAGUUGUGCGGACGGUUCAUGGAGUUGGCAAGAACAUUGAUUCCAUAACUAUCUGCAUGGAGAAUAGUCUGGUUGCUGUUACAGAGGACAAGUCUCUCCAGGUUUGGGAUAUCUGUUCAGGAAAACAGAUCUUUACAGCCAGUGACUCUCUGGAUCCUCCCAUAGUAACAUCUGCAAUGGAUGGGCAUCUAUUACUGGCCUUCUAUGAUGGAAGCCACUCUGUUAAAGUUUUUGAUUUGUCCAACUCCUGCAGACUGUUGCACCAAGUGAACAUAUCACCAGAGGAUGAGCCAAUACACAAGGAUCACACUGUCCUGGUAUCUGAGAACUCACUAAAUGAUUAUGUUCUUUUUGCCUAUAGGAGUGGAAAAGCAGCUAUGGUGUUGAGUGCUAAAAAAGGAAAAGUAGUUGCCAAGUUAUCAGCUUGUGAUGCUGUAGCAUCUAUCCAAGGGGUGGCAGUUACCAAAGAGUACUUCCUUUUAAUGUGCAGGUAUCCAUCCUCAAGACUGUGUGAAGUACUCCAUAUUGAAUUAUUUGGUGUGAAGAACUUUGCUUAUAUCCGCACAAUAAAAGGCUGUUGUAAUCAUCACCUUUCUGCCCUGUCCGUAAAUCACUUGGGUUCUCAUGUAGUGGCAUUGUGCUGCUCUUUUAAAACGAAUAUCACUGAGAUCAUCUCCUGGAACCUAGAAACUGAAGACCACAAACACUUGGCCAGGUUCUCUUCUACAGUGAUUGGAGGGUCAUGCCUUGACCUGCAUUUCUGCCUGGCAGUCUGUCGUGGAGAGAACUUCCUGCGGGUGUGGAACUUAGCUUCCAAGAUCAAUGAUCAAUCAUUGAGUAUUAGCGUGAAUAAUAUGAAGAACAAUGAAGGGAUUGAGGAAAUUACACCUAUGAAGAGCUAUCCCAGGUAUGUAGUGUGCAUGAGUUUAAAUGCAGAAGUUAUAUCUGUCUGGAACAUAAUAAAAUCCAAGUACAAAGGGCGAGCAGUCAAGUUGGAACGGGGGUUGGCUGAAAGAACAAACACUGUACUGGUGAGGGACAUGGAACUCUACAUCCUCUCAGAUAAGGGCACAGCUACGUUCACGGAAGCACCAAGGCCCGUUUUUCAGACACUUUUGAUGUAUGAUCUUCUGAAGAAAAAGUUCUCAAAGAAGUUGACUGGCCUGUAUAUUAUCCCUUGUCCAAAACAUGAAUAUAGAAUCCUGCCAGGAGAUCUGCUGCUAGGGUUGUCUGAAUACAGAGAUCACCUUGUUAUCUGGAACUUGAAGACUGGAUCAAUAAAGGAGCGGAUCCGACCCAUGUACAAAGACAAGCUUUCCUUAAAUGCCUUCCCUUCCUACUCAAAGGACAAUCUCUACAAAGAGCUUCUGGCCAAGAGGAAAAAGGGAAGAGAGACAAAAGGAUCAGGAGCAUUUCUCACCCCCUGGGAAAAGCGUAAUGAGACAAAGACAGCACAAAAAAGGAGGCUGGAAAAGGAAGUGAAGCAAGAAAUGGAAAUAUUACAGCAGUUCUCAAACGAGAAGUCUAAUCCUAUUGACCAGUACCUGCUAAGUGGUGAUGAGAAGAUAAUUGUCUGCUCCUACUUUGCACAUCAUCUCGCUGUCUUCAGCUUCGAGACCGAGUCUCACAUCCAGACCAUUGAAGACAGGACAUCCAUGCUGUUCUUGCACAUUGCUGCGUUGACGUACAGUGGCAGCUAUCUAGUGCUGUCAAAUUACAAUGACAUUGAGAAAGUUAGUUAUGUCACUUUGUGGGACUUACAGACUGGGAAGGUGAGGAAGCGUUUAAAAAAUGAACCAAACAUCUGUUGCAUUGCAAUCACGAGCACUGCUGACCGGAUUGUGUUUGGUGUUGUGAAAGCAAACAGGCUGAAAGUGUGGGAUCCAUUCAGAAAAGGGCACAAGACUAUCCCAGGAUAUGAAAACCUUAAAUUUACAACAAACAGUACAGUGCAUUUGACAGAUGAUGGAUCGAAAGCUAUUGUUCUGGCAGGUGAUGUGAGUAUAUGGGACCUUGAUAGUGGCACAGUACUGUCAGUUUUUACACCUGACAGUGUCAUUCAGAGCAUGACUCUAGCACUUGACAGCAACCUCAUUCUUCUUGGCAUGAGCAACACUCCUGUCCUAAUCACCUUAAAGCUGACAUUGAAUAAUAAACUUCAAUUAAGUUCCGCAGGAGGGGAUAUGUUUGAAGAAGCAUCUAGUGGCAGUGAGGAAGACGACAAUUCUAAUUAAAUGAGUGUCUUAUCCAUUGGUUGGGCUGAACAAGCUGCAUUAAGUACAUUGAGGGGAUCCUGUGACAGGUGUGCCAUUUUAACAAUAUUAUUGAAUUUUGAAGGAACUUCUGCUUGUACACUUUGCACAAGUUGCAAAAAGUCUAUAUCCCAUUACUCAUAAAUGCUGAAACAGAGCAGUUCCACUGAAAUGCAGA